AUGUUGGAAGAAUUAAGUAAUGAUUUUUCUAAAUAUUUAAAAGUAGAUUUAAAUACUGAGGUGAAAACUGACAGUGAACACAGUUCAAGUGCAGCCUUUCCUAUUGUUCAAUUUAAACAAAAAUUAAAUUUUUUUUUCAAUCAAGUUGAUUCUGUAGAAAAAUUUGUAAAUCAUGUAAAAUCUGAAUUAGAAAUAAUUGCUGUUCAAGUAGAGGAGGCAGAAGAAGAAUUGGGUCAAUCUAAUGGAAAAUUUAAAAAUAUGUUAAAACCUUUAUUUUCAAAAAUGUCAACUAGUGAUGCUUCAGUUAGAAGACCGAAUAAAAGUUAUGAAGCACCCAUAUUAUUUCAGACUUCAACUUUUUUUCCCCCUCAAUCGAAAAGUUUAGUAGAAGAUGAAAAAAAACCAGUUUAA